CUCAGUGGUACUGUGGUGCUGUCAGGUGAGUGCGGACACUGAGUAGAGCUUCACUCUCAUUGGACGUUUAUGUGGAACAGAAUUCACAGUUUGAGUCUGUUGGACAAAUCUCAGCGACACUCCUCCCUUUUUGUAAAGAAAGAGUUCCCGCUGGUUCUCCAGAAUGUACUCAUUUAGGAAGGUAUCUUCUAGGUAGCACUGGAUCACAGUGGACUGUGACGUGGAGAUGGUCACUUUGAGUGCCUUGCUGACGGUAUACUUAUGGAUACAAACACAAACUGCCUCAGGACAGCAGAAAUGUCCUCCUUCUCCUCCCUGGCUGGUGGAUUUCACUAUGACAUAUUCCCUGCCCUACUUCCAAACAGACAAACCUAUACAGAACAUCGAAGUGAACUCGCAAGUUCAGCCAACAGAGCUGUACGUUGCCUGCCAGAAUGUAAUAAUAGCAGUUAACGAUUCCUUGCAGAAAACAUGGGAGUUGAAAACUGGACCUGUUGGCCAUCCUGAGUGUGAAACCUGUCAGGUAUGUGACAUAGAAACUGACCCUAAAGAUCCAGUCAAUACAGACAGCCAGGUUCUGUUUUUGGAUCCUGAUCAACAUUACUUACCAUACUUGUACUUUUGUGGAAGCACUCGGCAUGGGAUCUGUUACAUUAUUAACAUUGACGAGCCAAAGCCUGAGACUAAGUGUUUAUACAAAAAAGAGCGAAACUCUCCAACCUACUGUCCUGACUGUCUGGCCAGCCCACUUGGAACCAAAGUCACUUUCGUUCAGGAAGGAGCCACAUCACUGUUCUUCACUGCAGCCUCCGUUAAUGAGAGUCUGAGACAGAAGUAUCCAAGGAGGUCAAUAUCAGUGAUGAGACCACUUUCAACUGAAGACGGUUUUGAUGUGAUCAUGGAUGUCACAGUGCUCCCAGGUCUGCGUGACUCGUACAGCAUUGACUACAUAUACAGUUUUUCCACCAAGGACCAUGUCUACUUUCUGUCCCUGCAGAGGGAAAAUCCCUUCAACAGCAACUCGACUUUUCAGACUCGUCUGGGACGACUGCCUAUUUUAAUUCCAGAGAUGUGGAUGUACAGGGAGGUGGUCUUGGAGUGUCGGUACGAACCAAAGAGGAGGAGACGGAGGGAGGCUUACAGGGACAUUGUGUAUAACGGACUGCAGGCGGCAUACUUUGGGCGAGCAGGGAAAGACUUGGCUGAUGAGCUGAGGGUGCACGAGACUGAAGAUAUUCUUUAUGGGGUGUUUGCGGAGGUCAAUGAGCGUGGUCAGCCUCAGAAAAACUCAGCCCUGUGUGCCUUUCCUCUGACUAAAGUAAACCACGCCAUUGACCGAGGUGUGGAGGCCUGCUGUAAGUCAGGGCCUGAGCAGCUGUCCAGAGGUCUCUGCCACUUCCAGCCAUGUGAGAGCUGCCCACAUGAAAGCAAUGACGGGAAUGACGCAUGCACUGCCAAGGCCACUCUGGUCUCACAGCCGUACUACAGAGUUGACCUCUUCAACAGUCAGAUGAGAAAUGUCCUGUUCACCUCAGUCCUGGUCACCACUACUGGGAAUCAUACGCUGGGACAUUUUGGCACCUCAGAUGGCAGGAUACUGCAGGUGAUCCUUACACUGUACAAACCAAUUAUUUUUGCCAAUUAUUCUGUGGGAGAGACGGCAGUAUCCAGGACAGCAGCUGUCUACUCGAAGGAUUUACUUCUUUUUGUAGCUGGAAAUAAGAUGUUCAGAGUACCCUCUGCAGGACCUGGGUGUUCACAUUUUAUGACAUGCUCCAUGUGUUUGACGGCUCCACGCUUCAUGAACUGUUGCUGGUGUUCGGGAAGCUGCUUAAGGGAGAAUGAGUGCACCUCAGAGUGGAACAAAGACUCUUGCGCACCUGUCAUAACCGAGUUUUUCCCGAAAACUAUUCCUGCUGGUGGUGAGACAGAGUUGACGCUGUGUGGUUCAGAGUUUCAGUCUCCUCUAAGACCGGCCAUCAUCAGCGGCAAAACGCACAUCAUCACAGUGGGCUCAGCCAUGUGUUCUGUCCUGUCUGAGAAGAGCAGUAAUGACGAGCUAGUGUGCAAAAUUCAUGAAAAAAACCCCAACCUGAAUCUCAACAUCACUCUGCAAGUGCAUGAGGGGGAAGUGGAGGGACGCUACUCAAUCGAAGGCACAGCUCAGACAUCUGGCUUGUCUUUUGUGGAACCCACCAUCACAGAAAUCAAGCCAGGCUAUGGACCCAUGUUUGGGGAAACAGCAGUUACAUUAACAGGAAAAUAUCUUAAUUCUGGGAAACAAAGAGAUGUGUACUUUGGAGAGAAAAAGUGCAAGAUUCAAACAGUUUCUGAGGAAACUGGAGAUUUGUCUUCAAUCAUCUGCUAUACAGCUGCUGCAGCAGCUGUUGGACCUGUACCUGUGAAAGUCAUUAUUGACAACUUUGAAGUGACCGCGACUAAGAUGUUUCUCUACAAGAAAGACCCUGUUAUACACUCUGUGCGUCCACAAUGCGGUUUCCAAAGAGGCUCCAAGCUGCUGAUAGAAGGUCAGAAUCUUGACUCUGCCUACAAAACUGUGGUUCAGUACACUUCCCAAAAUCCUGUUGUGACUUUACAACAAGUCUGCAAUGGCACAACAAAUACUACACAUAUGGAAUGCUGGACUCCUGCUUUUCCAGAGGAAAUGGCAGAGGAAAAGUCAGUACCAGGAGUGAUUUCCAUACACACUGAUGGAAAAAAUAACCUCUUCAAGCGACGUUUUGACUACCACCCUGAUGCCAAAGUCAUUCCCUUUGAAAAUGAUGACAAAGUUUUACUUCUAAAACCAGGAGACACUGAAGUUUCACUGCACCACAGUAAACUGAUUACAGUGAGCUCUUGUAUGAAAAUUACAAUGACCAUUGGCGGUGUGCCAUGUAAGGCUCAAGUUCUGUUAAAUGAGCUGACCUGCAGGAUUCCUAAAAGCCUGGUUAUCCCCAGCGAGGGGCUGCCUGUCAAAGUGUCUGUGAACAGAGAGGUGUACGAUGUGGGUACAGUAGUCUAUGACGACAGCAGCAACACUGUGAUAGCAGGCAUUGUCCUGGGCAUCGUUGCUGCACUGGUCGUAGGUGCUGGCCUUGCAUUACUAGUGAUGAUUCAUUUGAGGAAGAAAAAGAGAGCCAACAUAGAGAAUCGUCUAUCAACAUUGUUGUCACGCAGCCGCAUGAGCAGCACCCAUAAUACCUCCCCAACAGGUGACUACAGACGGGUAGAUCUGUCCAGUCAAACCUCUGGCUCAGGAAUGGCUUUCCAAGGUUUAUUGUACACUGCCAGCUAUGAUCAUCUUGCCGUUCCUUUAAUGGCACGGGACAAUAUCUCAAUGGUCAGCUUGAGUUCUGACCUUCUUGAAGAGGUCAAAGAUGUGCUGAUCCCUGCUGAGAUGCUCCGAAUUGAGGAUAGCCAGAUCAUUGGCAAAGGUCACUUUGGGACAGUUUAUCAUGGAUACCUGAUAGACAGCAAUAAGCAGGAGACCCACUGUGCUGUGAAGUCACUGAACAGAAUCACAGAUUUGGGUGAAGUGGACCAGUUCCUCAGAGAGGGCAUCAUCAUGAAAGCCUUCCACCACUCCAACAUACUCUCUCUGCUGGGCAUUAUGCUGCCCAAAGAAGGGCUCCCUCUGGUGGUUCUGCCGUACAUGAAGCAUGGAGAUGUGCGCCAUUUCAUCCGCUCUGAGAAAAGGAACCCCACAGUGAAAGACUUAAUCGGGUUUGGGCUUCAGGUUGCCAAAGGCAUGGAAUACUUAGCACAAAAGAAGUUUGUUCACAGAGACCUGGCUGCACGUAACUGCAUGCUAGAUGAAACGUACACAGUAAAGGUGGCGGACUUUGGCAUGGCCAGAGACAUUUAUGACAAGGAAUACUACAGCAUUCAAGAUCACAAGAGGGUAAAGCUUCCAGUUAAGUGGAUGGCUAUCGAAAGCCUGCAAACACAGAAGUUCACCACCAAGUCUGACGUGUGGUCAUAUGGCAUCUUAUUAUGGGAGCUGUUAACCAGAGGUGCCAGUCCAUAUCCAGAUGUGGACCCUUAUGACAUCACACACUACUUGUUGAAGGGACGUCGGCUUCCGCAGCCACAGUUUUGCCCAGAUACUCUCUAUUCAAUCAUGCUGGCAUGUUGGGACCCGGAGCCUGAGCACAGACCAGGCUUUCACAGCCUGGUAACAGAAGUCCAACACAUCCUGUCCUGCUUGGAAGGAGAGCACUACAUCAGUUUGAAGGUUACCUAUGUCAACCUAGACCAGCCAAGGCCUUAUCCUGCCCUGACUGGAUCUGCUGAUGAGGCUGAGGCCUCGGACUUGGACGCAGACAGUCAUGGUGCCAGCUGAAAGUGCUUUUACACUAAAGCCACUCUGUGGCGAAGAUCGCAGUAUCCAGAUUAGAGUUGGAAAGCAUGAAAGAACAGAGACAGCUUUCCUCGCCAGAUGAAUUGUUGAUUAUGUCUACAAACCAGACUACAUGGAAUAUUUGACUACUGAUUUAAAAGACACUGUAAACUCGAACUGGAGACCGAAUCACGUCAGAGUCUUCCCAUCCUGGUUAUUACAAUUUGUAGCAGAAUAGAGACAGUGUGUAGAGAUACUUUAAUCAGCCUUCUGAAGCAUGUGUGAAUGAGACAGAAUGAAUGUAAAAUGUGCUUUUGUUCUCAUACUUGUAGUGUAGGAUGAGGAGGAAUACGCUGUAAUAGGUAUAUAGUAUGUCAGCAUGACAAACUGUUAGACAGGGUCUAUGAAUGUUGACUUGUGCUCAGGGUUCAAAAGUUUAGCUUUUUUAUUUCAGUGUUCUUGUCAUAUGAGGAUACAAUAUGUUAUGUCCUCUCCUACACGUUGCACAAUGCAAACUUAACACAAGGGGACGUCACACGUGGAUGCAGAAUAACUCAAACUACACAGAUUUAGAGCUAUUUAUGCUCUUGGUACCACAAGCUUUGCACUGACUGAAUUUUGCAGUCAACUUUCUGUGCUGUUCAGAAACACAUUCAGCACCUGGAAUUAUCACUAGAGGGCAGCCAACUCCUCUUUCUAAGGAGCACGAGUUGCUGCGGCAGUGAAGCUCUGCACAACAGCAGACAUCUCCACACAAAGGUGUCGCACAAACAGCACAACUAUAUUUAUCUGAAACUCGGCCAUGCAGACUCACUCUUAAAUUCAGUCUCUUGACUCAAGCAGCUCAGCGCAACAUAUGGCGCAUUUUUGGGAGAUUCUUUGCUUCCUGCUUGCAACUGAAAUUAUCUUCACACCACAUCAAACAAUCCAGGGUAGUUUUUAAUGUAGGCUCUAACUUUCAUACUGACAUUGCAAUACGAUUGAACCAAAGAGUUGGUUUAUGUUGACAAACUUUCUACCAGACAGAAUGCAUUUGGUUCUCACAUACUUGAUUUUUUAUAUUGCUGCAUUUCUUUUCUUUGAAUCCAAGAGUGAUCUGAUCUCAUUAUUUCCUUGCAGUAGUUUGUACUGCAAAGAGAGUUUUUAUAAAAGCAAAUGGUUGUUUGCACAUGCUUCUCUACAUCGUGUCUACAAUAGAAAUGUCUCUGACUUAGCCUGGUCCUGAUUAAAUUUUAAGAAAAUAUAUUUGCUACAGAAUAGCAAACGAGAGUUCCACCUGAAAAAUCACUCAUUUAAAAUUGAAUACAUAACUGUUCAAAAAUGCCGCAACAAAAGAGAGUACAAAAGUUCCUCAUGAAAGUGCAUCAUCAAAGCCAAAGAUGAAAAUGCGGCUGAAUGCAGUAACACAGGUCUGAGGCAGCACAGCUCUUGUUCUUUGGCAAGUAGAUGACAGGAAAACACACACACACUGUUAGAGGUCUGAAUGAUGUGAGCUCAACCAGAGUAAAAACUGAACGCUUCUGCCUAAUCUGUGUAUCUAGCAUUUGUAAUACUCUAUGAAUAAUUUAUGGAUCUAAAAAAAGAUUUUUUUCAUCCCUUGCCUUUAGGUACUGAAAAGGUGCUGUUAAUAAUGACAAGCUCUGGCUGCGUUGAGGUAGAGUUUCAGGUUUUGAAAUGAGGAGAUGUUUCCAAACAAAGCAAAAGACAAAACAGACCGGCAAAAUCGUGGAUAUUUUUGUGCGAACAACCAUGCAGAAAACAUUUUGUAUGUAUAAAUGUCACUGGUCAUUUACAGUGUCCAUGCUUUCAAAAUCAUUAGAGCUCCACAGAAAUAAAACCAGAUCUGACUACA